CAUUUCUAUACCGCUUUGCACAUUUCGGAGUGAAACGUCAUUGCCACUGGAUUGGCGAUUAAUAUUUCAUUUAAAAUUACAUUAAAAAAAACUAUGUGCAAAUUGUUAAGUACUUGACAAAGUAAUUAGUGGUAUAAAUAAUUGCAUAAAUCAAUAAACAAUAAGAAAAGAAAAAAAUUUAAUAUUAAGUGACAUUGUAGUUUAUAUUCAAUAAGUAAUAUUAGUUAUAAUGGCGGCCUUACCAAGGAGAAUAAUCAAAGAAACUCAACGUUUAAUGCAGGAACCAGUGCCUGGUAUAAGUGCUGUACCCGAUGAUAGUAAUGCUCGAUAUUUUCAUGUAAUUGUUACUGGACCAGAGGAUUCACCAUUCGAAGGUGGUUUAUUUAAAUUAGAAUUAUUUUUACCAGAAGAUUAUCCAAUGUCAGCACCAAAAGUACGUUUUAUAACCAAAAUCUAUCAUCCAAAUAUCGAUAGGCUAGGCAGAAUUUGUUUGGAUAUUUUAAAAGAUAAAUGGAGUCCUGCAUUACAAAUACGUACAGUUUUAUUAUCAAUUCAAGCGCUAUUAAGUGCACCGAAUCCGGAUGAUCCAUUAGCGAACGAUGUUGCUGAAUUAUGGAAAGUCAACGAGGCGGAAGCUAUCAGGAAUGCCAAAGAAUGGACACGACGAUAUGCAAUGGACAAUUAAACAAACAAAAUCAAA